AUCUAAAAUUGGAGGAGUAUCUUGAAACCUCCUCUUGAAAGAAUUCAAAGCAAAGUUUACUUCAGGUUGUGAAUCUUCCACUUGAACGGCCCCUGCGCUGCUCCACAUUAUACUGUAUAAGAGGAAUCUGUUGGCCACUAAUGAAGGUAACUAGAUAACGUGCCGGAGAACAAAAUACAAAAGAUCAAGGACGUUCCCCUACUUCUCACUCCUGUAACGUGCCGCCAGGAAAUAGUCACCACAAUAUUUACCUUGUAUAAAAACACUUAAUAUCAGAGAGCAUGUUAUACUUUAUAAUUUACCAGUACAUCUUGAGCAUAUGAAGAACGAGAAUGACUUUAAUGGUAAUCAGGAGUUUUAUUCUUCUCCAGCAGUUUUCAUGCGUUUUCAAUAGGAUCUGCGCUGCUGUCAGGCCAGUGGGAUGUAGCCAUGUUUUCAUAAACAUGUGUUGAGUUUGCCACAUCACAGAUAUAAGCAUGCGGGGUCACGCCUCCAAAUGUGCUAGUAUAAACACUCCAACGUUGUCUUCAGUCAGAAAGAUGAUGGAGCGCACUAAACACACUGUCCACGUCUUUUCCAUAAUCCCGGGUCUCGCUGACGCUCUCUCGAACAGCCUACCGGACACAACAGUGGUCAACGCUCGUUCCCACGGCUUUGGAUUCAACGAUUACUACAAAAAAACUGAAAGAGGACUUGACAGAUGAAGAACUGAACCUCUUGUCAGAGACAGAGAUCUUGCUCUGUGAUCCACAAAACACUGACCCAAGUGCUGGUACGCAAAGGAUUUUACUUUCUGGCAAACCUUCGUUGGGCACAUGUGACGACAGCUGGGGUCGAUGGAGUGAUGAAGGUUCUGAGUCCAGAGAAAGAACCUCCCUUCAUUUUGACCCGCAGUACCAGUGAUGGACUGGCCCUCAUGUUGGCCGAGUAUGUGGUGGGCCAGAUCGUGUGCCACGAGCGUGGCUUGGGAUGGACACCCACAUGAAGCAGAUCAACAAGGACUACAGAGGGUGGCAAACCUUCCACACCUUCCGCAGCCUUUCCCAGCUGACUGUAGGUGUGAUGGGUCUCGGCAAGAUCGGCCUCACGACAGCCAAGGCACUCAAAGGAUUUGGGUGUCGCGUGCAUGGCCUCGUCAGGACACCUCGAUCCCGUUCCUCUAUAGAACCAUUUGUGGACCAGCUGUGGCAUGGGCGGGAGGGUCUUGCUUACUUCCUCAAAGACUGCGAUUACCUGGUCAACUUGCUGCCCUCCACGCCCCUUACGCGCGGUCUGCUCGGGGACACAGUGCUCAGCGGAGCCAGCAGAAGGCCAGUGCUCGUGAACGUGGGGCGCGGGGACAUCAUUAGCGAGGCGGACUUGCUGAAGGCGCUGGAGGAGGGCUGGCUCUCCGCCGCUGUGCUUGACUGCUACGAAAAGGAACCUGUCCCUGAGGAGAGCCUCCUCUGGGCACAUCCUAGGGGUGGUGAUGACGCCUCAUAAUUCAAGUAUCGUCAAGGAAGACGUAAGGUGUUGUCUCAUUGCACAAGAAUUCAGGGCCCACUUUAAAAAUUUCAUAACCAGCCAAUCAUUAGAUGGGCAGGUGGAUUGUCAAGCAGGGUACUAAACAAGUGAAAUGGGGUUCAAACUUUAAAUUGAGUCUAAAGCUCAGUGACCGCUUAUGUCAGGGACACAGUAGUGGGGUUGAAGAACAAUCAGUCUUGAUAAUGUAAACAAAAUACAUACGUUACUAUGUUCAGUAGUAAGAACAAUCAGUCUUGAUAAUGUAGACAAAAUACAUAUGUUGCUGUGUUCAAUAAUAAAGGAAAUAAUAUUUCAAUGACUUUAAAGACUUUUCUUUAGCUACUGGCAUGUGAUGCUUGCUGGACCGUUCUGCUGUUCUCACACGACGUACUGCAAAAACUCCAUGAUGGUGCAUAAAAAUAUAUGCUGCUAAGCAUUCUAUGGUGUGUGUGUGUUGUGUGUCAGCAUCUUACAUGUGUAAACAAUUAUGGAAAUAAUACUUGUAACUGCUGUCGUUGAUAGUGAUGUUGACGAAUUGUGAAAAAUACUGUGCAUCUAAUAUUUGAAAUAUGAAAUGUACAAUGAACGUACUUCAGACUUUA